ACUCGGGCCGGGGAGCUGGUCGUAUCCAGGGGCGCGAUCCGCUGGCAGCUCUGCGGUUUGAAUUUAGGAGGAAAACGCAGCUCAGUUGGCCUACAUUGCACAAGUGAAAGAUUUUUCUUUGGGACAAGAUUCUGAAAUCGGAAAGCUAUAUUCUCGCAAUGGAGGAAUUCGGCGGUAAAGUGGUCUUAAUCACAGGGGCUAGCUCAGGAAUUGGAGCUGAGACUGCCCUUGAAUUUGCUUCGUCUGGGGCCAGUCUGGCUUUAGUGGGUCGAGAUGAAGAAAGGCUAGAGAAGUCUGCCCAGGACUGUUUGGCAAAAGGCCUUUCAAAGGAAAAGGUUCUUACUAUCAAGGCUGAUAUGUGCAUAGAAGAUGAUGUGAAGAGGAUCAUGGACUCAACCAUCACACACUUUGGGAAAUUAGAUGUCUUGGUGAAUAAUGCAGGUCUAGCCAAGCUUGAUUUUCUCAAGAGCGAUGAGAUAAUGCAGAAUUUUGAUGAGCUUCUGAAGAUCAACGUAAGGUCUGCUGUUCAGCUCACCAACCUAGCAGUUCCUCAUCUCAUUGCUUCGAAAGGUUGUGUGGUGAACAUGUCAAGUUUUGCUGGAAAAAGAGUGUCCUCAAUGUCGCUUUCAUACAAUAUCACAAGGGCUGCCAAUGAUCAGUUCACACGUUGCUGUGCUCUGGAUUUGGCGUCCAAAGGCGUCCGAGUAAAUGCUGUCAACCCAGGAGCAAUCGAGACACCCCUUUUAACUGGAUUUGGAGUACCAGUAGAUCAAAUUGAAGAGGUUAUGGGCAAGCUACACCCCAUGGGAAGGGUAGGACAAUCAUCGGAGGUCGCCAAGGCCAUCAAGUUUCUUGCUUCUGACGCUGCCUCCUUCAUCACUGGAGAAACCCUGUCAAUAGAUGGCGGCAGACAUGUUGCCUGUGCACGAAAACAAUGUCCACACUCUUCAGCUUCGGCUUUUCGAAAAGGGGAGGAAGAGAACAGGAGAAUCAGGAGAUAAUGAGUUAGCCAAGAAACAAAAAAAUCCACAAGAUUCAUUGGAAGGUGGUUUGACGUGCCUUCAGAAAUUUGCACAUCAAAAUCACCUCAAGCUGGUGGAUGUCCCACGAGAUGGAAAUUGUUUUUUCCAUGCAGUACUAGCCACCAGCUGGCAUUGCAUGGAGUGUUCACAAGUAACGAAGGGUUUGCCACUCUGAUGAAUAACAACAACAUUUGCCAUAUCCAGACAGCACCCAAGCACCCAGCCAGCAAAGUUUUGCAGAGAGGGGUGUACAAACUGUCAAAGCAGCAAUAAAAGGGGACAAGGAAGUGACUUUGAAAAGAAACUUCAAAGGUUCUUGUUGACCUACAGAGUCACACCACAGAAAACAACAGGAAAGACACCAAGUGAACUGAUGUUAAAGAGGAAAGUCGGCACAAGAUCGUCCAGAUCUGAGCAAACCGGUUAGACAAAAACAGGUGAUCGAGGAAGCAAAAAAAGGGUCUUUGCUGUGAAUGAUCAUGUGAUGGUCAUGUGUUGCAUCGUGUACCAUGGAGUAGUACUAUUGGUGGAGGAGUUUGCAUUCUUGUACAUAGGGGCCUUAAUAUGAAGCUGAAUCAUCUUAUUGAUGUGCAGUCUUCUGAGUAUAUGUUGUAGCGACAGGUUCCAUGAAGUUAUUGAAUUUAAGAUAAAAUGUAGAUUGUUGAUUAAUAAUUCAUGUAAGAAGUCACAUUUUAUAUGUAUAAUGGAAUAUGUUUCGGUAUAUAUCUUGCUUUAGUAAUGCACCCCUUGCCCUAUCGCUCUCUCUCUGUACUUCCUGUGCACUUAUACCUUACUGUAAUGUAAUACAAUGUUUAUGGUUAGUACAUGAAUUGGUAUACCUGCUUGACGAACCCAAGCGCACAAAGCCCAUGAAAAUCACCUUGGUCAAUAAGAGUCCUUUGUUUCUUGUUUUUUAACCAUCCACCUUGGGGGAUAAGCUUGGGCGUGGAGUGGGGUAAAUUAAAGUAAGCCUCAAUAAAAUAGAAGUCAAGAUCAUAUACAUACAUGCUAUACUGUUGUGCCUGCUUUUAAGAUCUCAACAUUUAAAAAGUAUUUUCAAGUCUACGUCCUGAGGAAAGUUGUCAAAUCUCAGAUAGCCAAAAGUUGGCUUGGUUCAACUUGUAAUCACAUAGCUGCAUCGUUGUAAAGCUUGAUUACGCAUAACAAAGAGGAUGGACAUCAAAAGCUUGUACCUCAUGACCAUGUACGUGGAAUCAGUAUCGUGGAGCAAUUAUGAAUGAUUAGUUGGAGGGAAAGCGCAUCUGUGAAAUGGACUGGCGGAAACCCGGCUACAAAAAAGGAGAUUCUCGGGCAUAACAAACGCACUGUUUACAACUGUUUCAAGGUCCAGCGUGGUGCAGUACUUAACAGUUGAACCCCAAUCAAGUAUGCUGUUGAAGAAAACUUCAAUGUUGUGGAAACUAUUGGAAGUGGAGACUUGCACAUACGCAAGUACCAUCGUCACUCUCGGGAAUGCCUGAGCCUGACAUUACUGACAUAGAUCACAUAACGCAAGCAUAUAGAGACAGCCAAGACUUGUGGGACCUUGCAAGGGACAUGAGAAGGUGCCAGAUCACAACAUCUCAGUUAGGGUACACUGCUGACAUGAGUACAACAGAAACCUUACUCAAGAUACAGGAGCUCUUACCUGUACACUCACAAGGACAGUGGGCAUCAAAGGCUCACUCACUCAUGGAAGAGGCUGUCACCCCAAAUUUCAGUCACAUGACUGAUUUUGUGGAACAGGCUACAAAGGUGGCCAGCUCUGUCUUUGGUAAGCACAUUGGCAGGAAUCAGUCUGGUAAACAGCAGCCAGCAAAAUCCUAAACCCAACCAAAAAAGGGUGUAGUUUUAGCACUGCAAAGGAAGCCCAAACUACUAAGUGCCCUUGCUGCAGUAUGAAUGGGCAUGGUCUAGGGAACUGCGAUGACUUCAAAAGGAAUCAAUCAUCAAAGGAGAGGCAUGCUCUUGUGAAACAAAAGAAGCUGUGCUUCAAUUGCUUGAAACCGUCCCAUGCAGCAAAGGAGUGUAAAAACAAGGGCGUUUGCAGAAAAGAUGGAUGCGGCAUGAAGCAUCACGCCCUAAUCCUUCUUGACUUCCAGCCAAAGGAGGAAAAGAAUCCUGAACAAGGAGAGCUGCCUCUUGGGGCCGGGAAGUCGAAUGAACGUAGCUUACAUGCGUUGGUGGCAAGAGGAGUCUCCUUAAUUUCCUGUCAGAGUUGUUGAUUGAGAUAAAGAUGUUACGUCAUGGGCACUCCUUGACGAUGAGAGUGACGUGUCAAUCUGUGAGCAUGGUCUCAUACAUGAGCUUGGGGUGGUGAGCAGGAACACCUCCUUCAAGCUGACAACCGUAAAAACUGCUUCAUCUCAGAAGGGGGUGGAGGUGUCUUUAUCCAUCCAGAGCCUCAAUGGUGAUGUAGAAUUGGAAAUACAUGUACCUUAUCUAUGGACCAUUGAUAGGUUAUCAACUAUGCGUCAGAGCAUCCCGGCUCAAGAAGACGUGGACAAUUGGCCACAUCUUCAGGGAAUAAAACUCCCAAAUCUUGCUGAGAGUGACAAAAGGUUACUCAUUGGCUCUGAUGUCCUUGUAGCAUUCUGGGUAGUGGAAGAGCAAAGAGGGAGGAGGAAGGAGCUCUAUGCAAUCCAGUCACCACUUGAAUGGACUGUUAUGGGACCAACAGGUUCUUGGUCCAGACCGAGAAAUGGCUCAAUCAAUAAUGUGAUCGUUGACAGUCAGCUACAGGUUCAAUUUGAAAGGUUCUGGCAAAGGUGAAGGUGAAGGAAUCUCCCCCAUCUAUUGCUGCUGUGACCAAAAGCCUUAAAGAGGCAGUAGCAAAUUUGAAUGAUGCCGUGAAAUCAGUAGUGGAAAGUGUGCAAAAAGUUGAGAAAGCUUUAGAAUAUGAAGGCCAGCGAAUUGAUGUCCUUCAAAAGAAAAACAAGAAUCUGGAAGGGAGAAUGGAGAAAAUGGAAAAACUUUAUACUAAAUUGCAGAAAAAGGUUGAUCAUUAAGAGGCGGAGAGUAAUAAAGCCGAGAGGUUCUCCAGGCGCAAUAACUGCCGUCUGGUAGGCUUACCAGAACCAGCCGAAGACCAGAAGGAGUGCAACAAGCUGGUUCAGGACAUCUUAAAAGACAAGUUUAAAAGCAAUGUGAGUGUUGAGAAUGCUCACCGAAAUGGCAAGAAAGGCACUCGCCCUUGUCACAUAAUUAUCAAGCUAAAAACAUUCGGUGGCAAGAUCGACAUCAUGAAAGGUGCACGGAAGGCUCGUCAUGGUAAAUGCUACUAUCUAACAGAUGAUUUGACAACUUGUGACCUCGAGCAAAAAAAAAAGAAUCAUUCAAGUACAAGACUUAUUC